AUAUCUAAUAUCUAAGUACAUUGUAUAUACAAGAAAUUAUAAUUUAAUAUAUACAGGAAUCAUUUGGAACGUAUACGUUAAAAUAGUUCAUUUCUUAUUAUAUUACUUUGUAAAUAGUAAGGAAUAUUAAUAAUGGUCGACGUUCAAGAUGAGCUUCGAGAACAAGCUUGUGGUGUUUGUUUAGAAAAAUAUAAUCAUCCUACAAAACUUCCCUGUGGACAUAUAUUUUGCUUUUUAUGUGUGAAGGUAAGAAGUCUUAAUAUUUAAUAUUACUUGUAUUCUUUAUUUUGUGGCAAUAAUGUUUAAACUAUGGAUAUGUUACACACAGAGAAAUUAAAUUAUUUAUAACAGACAGCAAUGUAUUAAUAUAUAGGUACAUAUAAUAAUAAUAAUAAUAAUUUAUUAGACUCAGUUUGACAAAUUACACUUAUGUAUUAUAUAUAUGUUAUCAAAUAAAGAAAAUAAUCUUCUAGCAUUUAUGUCGUGGUAAAGUAAAAAGCCUUCUACAUGGUCGGAACCAACCACCAACUCUCUUGACCUUGGUUGGGACAAACGAUUUUUGUAUUCGUUCUACACGGUCGGGUGAUUGACUCAACUUGUCAAUUCUCUCCGGUAUUCAAACCGUAAAGACGUUAGGUAGUUACUUUUAAAUAUGACUCCUUGCUUUUCUAAACAACAAAAAUAGUUUUUUUUUAUUAAAAAAACGUUACCCACACGCUAGAAUUUUAUCCUGUAUUGUGGAGGUAGUUUACAAACAUAGAUUGUACGAGGACAAACAUCCAGACCCGGAGCAAUUAUUUUUAGGCCAUACAGAUACAUGUUCCGUGCGGGAUUCGAACCCGUGGCCCCCAGCGCAUCAACUCAUUUUUAAGCCACUGCGCCACGGAGUCGUCAAAGGUUUAGCGUUAACGUUUCUGUGCUUGAGCGAAGAUGAAAAAAAAAGAAAAUGGAUGAAAUUGUGGCUGAAAGAGCGCAUUACUUUAAACCAUCUCAAUAUUUUAAAGAUUCUUAAUUCUGAAGACUCGGAAUUUUCUAAGAAUGGAUUAAGAUACUUUUAAUGAAUUGCUUGAGAUGGUGCAUCCAAUGAUUACAAAAAAAAAAUACAGUUAUGUGUCAAGCAUAUUUUUUUUUGGAGUUUAUUGCCUGGUAUCUAGACCUUUAGGCCAACUAAGAAAUUAAUUUCUACUGAACCAGUAUUGCCAGAACAAAUAUAAUACCCUAAAAAUGGACAAAAGCAUGGAGUUGCUGUUGUCAAAUUUGGACGAAAAACUAAAUAACCAAACUGAAAUUAUAACAACGGCGGUAACAAAAAAUGUUAUGGAGGCAAUAGAUGAGAGAUUAAAAACAAUAACUGAGGAAAAUACUAAACUCAAAGCCAAAAUUUCUACAUUGGAGCACAAACUUAACAUAAUAGAACUGGAAAAAAGAAAAUAUAACUUGGUAUUUUUUGGAAUUGAGGAGUCAGGUAAAACAGAAGCAGAGACGGUAGACUACAUUAAAGACAUAAUAAUAGAAACAGGAACACAAAUAGAUAGCCAUGAAAUCAAAAACAUAUACAGAAUCGGCAAAAACAACAAUAAGAGGCCCCGUCGUAGUCACCAUAGCGUCUAUCUCCCACCAGGUAUAAAUGUCAAAGAGGAUUAUACUAAAGAAAUACUUGAAAAGCGGAAGCAGCUACAACCACAACUAGAAGAGGAAAGGAAGAAAGGAAAUAUCGCUUUUCUUAAAUAUGACAAACUGAUAAUGAAGAAACCAAUUGACAAAACCAGAGAUAAAAGAAAGAGAGAAGAUUCAGGUUCACCAAACUCAUCAACCC